ACUUCUCCAGCUCCGCCGGGUCCGCCCACCGCCUGCUGAAAAGGAGCUGCGCAGUGCCGCGGCUCGGCAGAGGGGACCGGAACCUGGACUAAGCAGCGCACAAUUAGCACCAAGUCCGACCGACUAGCGGCAAACAUGACGGCGAGCGCCAUUUCCCCUGCUCUGGACUACAGGGAAGCGUCUCCCAAGAGCAGUAAGAUGAACUACAGCAGCGACAGCCCUCAGCUGACGUCCGUCCCAUGCUCCAGUGCCAGCCUCUCCUCAGGCACCAGCGCAGGCCCCCUGCUGGACAGGACGGUGGCGGGGGCGCCCUCCCCUGGAGCCCCGUUUCAACGCCGCUACUCCGCCAGCCUGCCCAGCGGGACCUUUACCGGCUUUAAAACGCAUCCCUCCGCUUUGAUGGACAGCAACAAGGAGAACCGCUUCCGCCAGCGCUCCUACUCGGAGCUGGGGGACAGGCUGCGUCCUGCCCCCCAGGUGUGUCUAGGCGGCAGCAGCCAGGUGAACCCGAGCCGUUACAAGACGGAGCUGUGUCGGCCUUUUGAGGAGAGCGGCACCUGUAAAUACGGCGAUAAAUGCCAGUUUGCCCACGGGAUGCAUGAGCUGCGGAGCCUGAGCCGUCACCCCAAAUACAAGACUGAGCUGUGCCGAACCUUCCACACCGCCGGCUUCUGUCCGUAUGGCCCUCGCUGCCACUUCAUCCACAACGCUGAGGAGCGCUGCGGGCCUCCUCCCCUCUCUGCUUUCAACAAGAUGGCGCGCCCUCGGCUGCAGCACAGCUUCAGCUUCGCCGGCUUCCCCAGCUGCAGCGGCUCCAUGGACAGCCCCGCCUCGGUCUCGCCUCCGCCCAUGUUCGCUGGCGUAGAACCGACGGAGUGGCUGAACAGUCCCAUAAGCUACUCCAGCCGGAAGCUCACCAGUCUGUACGUCCCAAGCUUGGUCCCAACCAACCCCUGCCCUUUCCAGCCAGCGCCAGAGAGCCCCCCCAGCCACCCCGACUCUCUGCCUGAUCAGGAGGGCUACCAAAGCAGCCUGGGCAGUCAGAGUGACCCCGAGUCUCCCCUCCUGGAUGCCUCCCGUCGCCUCCCCAUCUUCAGCAGACUGUCUGUCUCUGAUGAUUAACACGUCUGCGUUUCGGGGUUUUGAGAUGGUCGUGGUGAACGAGGGUGGUGGAAAAAGAUUGGAAGGUGAAAUCCCCUGUUCUUUCUGGCUCCCGCCUCCUUAGCCCUGUUUACAUUAGAAGUAGACUGCUCUGGGAAAAGUUGCAGCCAGUUAAUCACAUCACAGUAACAGAUCCCUUCACUGUUUGAGGAUUGUCUCUUAUCCCAUGCCCCAAAUCCAGAUCAAGUGUCUUCAGUAUGAUAAAGCAGUUGCUAAAGGACCAGUGUCGUGGUAGGACGAAUGUGAAAAGUAGCUCAGAAUAUGAAAUAGUUUAUGAUCUCUAGGACGGGCAGCACGUGUAUGUUUAAGUAUCCUACUGGCCCAAAAUGUUGAAGUGCCUUGUAAAGCCUGGACUUUGUUCCUGACUUGUGAUCAUGUCCUCUUGUUGGCAAACGAAAAGCUUACUUGGAGGCUACCUCUAUAGGUUUGAAUUGCACACAAUCUCAAAACAAUUUCUAUAGGUGGGAUUAAAGGGUCAUUUCACAUUAAUUUUCAGAAAGUCACAUUUGAUAGUGACAGAACUGAAGCGUUGGUUUACUUCUACGUCUAUACGUCUAUUUUUUUUUUCAACGUGGAUGAAAUUAUGUAAAACUGCAGGCAGAGACCAUUAAUUUCCUGCCUUUUACUGCUAGGCGUCAAACUGCUGAUUGUUCUGAUUACAAAGAAGCAGCCGUUUUUUGACCGCUUUCCCAGGUGUGUCUCAGUCCAGGGCCUGCAAUCAUAAGGGUAAAUGCUUCUGUUGAUUCCCCGGUGUUGAACUAUUAUUGAUAUUAUUAUUGUCUAGUUUAUUUCCUGAAGCCGUCAGAGUAAGGCAUUUAUCUAUCACUGCUUAUUUAUCAAUGUAUUUAUUGCUGAUCUUAAGCAUUUUUAUUUCGUAUUUAUCUCGUUAAUGAUACCAUAGAAUAUGUUUUCUUUUUAUGUUAAAUUAUGAUCUUCCGUAUUAAUCACAAGAUUAUGAAGGCUUGUUUGUUCUUUCACAGGUAAUAUAUUAUAUUGCAAUGACAUUUUAACACUUGAUUUAUUUGCAAAGUGAACGGAAUUGAAAAGUUUAGCAUUUAUUACCCUAGUAUUCUAAGUUGUAUUUAUUGUUGGCUCGUUCCACGUGUUGGACUUCAGGCUGAGGUUCUGUGAUUUUUUUUUUUUUUUUUUUUUUUCUCCUCCAUUGAACACUACAGGCAGGGUGAUCUGCAGCUGCCAUGAUCAAGGUCAAAUGACGUAAGCCAAUACAGUACAUUAAUUGCAAACUAAGCUAUCGCCUACAGGGGACCCUGCUCUCAAACCUGUAGCAUUGUGACGCCGCUGCAGGUCAAGAGAUGAGAUUAUUUAUUCUAUUGUCUGACUUUGUCCUGAACCCGACAAAUAUUUUACGUUCAAACCUGACCCAGUGCCACUGACUUGCUUAGCAAGCCACCAUAUAACUUUGAUUAGAUAGCACUUUACAUCGGCCCAAUGAGGAGCAUUGAUUCAUAAAGCUGGUUGUUAUUAUGUUCAUGAAGCCAGGAAAGUAAAGAUUGACCUAAGUGACUGAUUUUGUUAGAAUCCAGGCACUGAUGCAUCCUGGGACAUUCUCCUUGGAAAUGUAGCCUAAAAUCAGUUGCUUUUCUAGUGGACAACGGCUUACUGGCUCCACGUCUGCAUUCAUUAGGGUGGCCCCCACCAAAAGCAUUUACUCACUAUAAAUGCAUUUAAUUAAGCUCUAGACCCUGCAGGUCAUCUGGAUGUAGGAACCCUGCGCACCCAGUAAAUGUCAGUGUACUGGUCUGGGAGAGACCUGUCCCUACAUUGACGUCUGGCUGGGAUGAAACAGGCACUCGUUCAGCUGUCAUCUCAAUGCCUGUAUCACCUUUUAGCACUUUUGAGUCAUUCUGUAUGAUGGUUCUAUUUCCUCAUGAAGUGCCUAUAAACACAUUCCAGGUUCCCUCAAAAGAUGUGCCUUCAUAUUUGUUCCUGUUUUUUUUCUGUGCAAACCUAAAAUGUAUUCUUGUAGUUUGAAACAUGAGAAGUUGAACUGUUGAAUGUAUUGUCCAGCAGCUGUUGCUGUGACUGCAGUAAUCACUUUGUUCAUGGUUUGUUUUGUAAUGACCGAUGCAGUUCCAAUAAUAAAAUGUGUAUUUAUAUUGAC